ACGAUAAGCCACUCCCUUCCGGCCCACAUGCGCUGCGCUCUUUCUUACCCCUCCAUCCACCCCCAUCCACUUCCUUACCGCAAACCACAAACAACAUAACACGCAACAGCACCCACCUGCAGUAGCAAAUGCUAGACAACCUAUCAGCAAUGGAGCAGCGCAAGCCGCCAGAAUACAUCAUCGAAGUUUUUGCAGAUCCUUCAUCGGUCAAGGACGUGGUUCGAGGUAAUCAUUACCUGUUGUCCUCAGUUGCCGGAGAACGCGCAGCUAAUCCUGAACCUCGAAAGGCAUUUUGCAUAGCAUAUUUUUCCACAGAUUCUUCCCUUCUAUCCGACCUUCUACCCGAGAUGUAUUGGACAUUACCCUCCCUGUGGUUACAGACGUGGAGUUGGAGACAUUGAUUGAGCAGCGAACCGCAAGCCUGGUCCGGCAAUUUGAUGCCAGUUCGGAUAUGGGCGCAAGAAAGAAUGUGAGAGGAACGAUGGCCGUGCAGUUUUUCGAGAAGAAGAGAAGAAAGGGGUGGUUCAACAACAAAGCAGAGGAAGAAGUUUGUUGGGAGGAGUGGACUCUAGAUGUCACUCUAGCAACACCAAAGACGGAGACUGGUAUGUCUUUGUACAUCUCCUCUAUGGAGAAAAUAAUUCUGACGCGUGAUAAUCAUUUAGAGCGAGCCAAAGUUCGAGGCGCUAUGGAAUCAAUGUUGCUGAAAGCUGCCAUGAAGAUUGUUUCGACUGUAACUCAAGACAAAGAUCAUAUUCCGCCCAUAACCACCAGCGAAGCGAACCCGUUUCCGUACCAGAUUAUCGUCAAUCCUUCGAAAGGAGAUGGUUGGGGGAAACGCGUAGGCAUAUAUUAGUAUUUUUAAGGGGUGUAUCAAUGAGGAGUUCAACGGGGAGUAAAUUGGAGUUUUGGAUAGAGGAAUAUUGGAGACAGAUACCCAAUGAUAAUCGUGAUUUUUCU